AUUCACUUGUUGAACAAUCUGACUUUACUAUCCAAAGUAAAACUCGCUAUGAUACUUUCUACAAAACUGAACUUAAUUCUCUUCUUACUUCUCUGGAUAUAAAAACACUCAUCAUUUCUGGUAUUAAAACAAAUUUAUGCUGUGAGACAACUGCCAGAAGUGCAUUCGAUAAGAAUUAUGAUAUUGUUUUUCUUAAGGAUACGACUGCUACGAAUACUAAAGAGAUGCAUAAGGCAAUUUUAUUGAAUAUCGGAUAUGGUUGGGGAAUAGUUACCACUGUUAAAAACACUAUUAAAUAG